UGUGGAAACUGCAAAUCCUGAAUUCUGAACACUCCUGAUACAAUUUUUAAAUUAGUUACUAAGAAAAUAUUAAAUCUGUUGCUGUCUUACACAUUUUUAAUUUCCAUGUGUAGAAAUCAAAUGGUUUUAAAUCAAUAGAGUUAUGUCAGGUGCUUUAGCUGUGGUAAAAUGCUUGGGGUCGUGGGAUCGAAUUGUGGUGUAAUGAAACAGAUUUCCUGCGACUGCUGUGUUUGUUAUUUUGCAUUAUACAGAAAUUACUAUACCACCUUUUUAUUUUCCAAACAUUUUUAACAAUACAUCUUUGUAUGGCCCUAAUGCAAGUGGCGCUAGUGUCGAUCGACCGUCACGUUUGUUCGUACACCAUGUUGGUAUUACUGAUAGUAGGAAAUUAAAGAAAAAUACCUUUCCAGUGACAGCUCCAAAACCAAAUUUUAUCCAAAUCUGCCCAGAUGUUUUCGAGGAGUUGUAUAAUGCGGACAGACAGAUUGGUCAGUCCUUUUUUGCGUUCAUUUCAUGCACAUCGCCCAAACAAUACACCAAAAGAACAUUUUAAAUUACAGUGUUAUGACAUUAGUUGAAAAAGCGUCGUUAAAUCAGCUAACGAAAGUUUAGAAUUGUCAUUCCCCUUCAGACGCUAUAUAUUACUUGAUACAGCGUCGGCAAAUAGGAGGAAAUCGCAUCGGCGCCGAACGUCGUGCUUAUUCAACAUGGUUGACCCUGCGCAUGCGCGCGUUGCCAGUGGUCCAGCAGUGUAGGUAGAGGUGAUUGGUGUACAAGUACGCAGUAUUGUGCAGGCUAUCGGAGUGUUACAGUGUGCGGUGUGUUAAGGGUGUCACUAGCCACGCUUGCUUUGGGUGACCGACAGUGCGGAAGUGGGUCAAGAGUGCGGACUGAAAUUUCAAACAAACUUUUAGACAAAUGCCUUGUUUUCGUGGCUAGUGUUUGGAAAACUUCACCGAACCCGCAAGAAUGAUGUUCAAACAGGCGCUGGAUGCAGAUAAAGUGAUAACACAAUUGCUGGCUGGCAGAAAGAAGACCGGCAAACAGGUGAACUUAGCCGAGUGGCAGGUACGACAGCUAUGCCUAGUGACUCGACAGAUCUUCCUGGAGCAGCCUAUGCUGCUGGAGCUGGAGGCUCCAGUCAACAUAGUUGGGGAUAUACACGGGCAGUACGAGGAUCUGCUGAGACACUUUGACAAGCUGGGGUACCCUCCACAGUCCAACUACCUGUUCCUCGGGGACUACGUCGACAGGGGUAAGAACUCCCUCGAGACAAUCUGUCUGCUUCUGGCAUACAAAAUGAAGUAUCCGAGCAAUUUCUUUCUGCUGAGAGGCAACCACGAAUGUGCCAGUAUCAACAGGGUAUAUGGUUUCUAUGACGAGUGCAAAAGAAGGUACAGCGUGAAGAUAUGGAAAACCUUUACAGACUUGUUUAACUGCCUUCCAGUAGCCGCAUUAAUUGAAGGCACCAUAUUCUGCAUGCACGGUGGACUUUCACCCCAGCUCACUGAUUUAAAUCAGAUUCGAGCCAUCCCAAGGCCUAUUGAUGUUCCAGACUCUGGUCUUGUUUGCGAUCUGCUGUGGGGAGAUCCUGCCGAAGGAGUUCAUGGCUGGGCACAGAAUGACCGCGGUGUGAGCUAUGUUUUUGGUAGUGACAUUGUGCGCAGUUUCCUGCAGCGCCAUGACUGUUCGCUGAUAGUGCGUGCGCACCAAGUUGUUGAAGACGGAUACCAGUUCUUUGCAGACCGCUCCAUGCUUACCUUGUUCUCGGCACCUAAUUACUGUGGCGAGUUUGACAAUGCCGGUGCUGUAUUGGGUGUUUCUGAAGACCUCACGUGUUGGUUCAGCGUUCUCUUGCCGUCACGUAAAAAGAAGAUAUUUGUCAGAUACAAGUGAAGAGGUUAAACACGUCUAUUCUGGCUUCCAGUUUAUCGGCAGUACAGUCCUUGAAGGACUUUGCCACCUCACACAUGGAAAGAAGACUUUGGUGGGAAUCCUCGGAAGAGUGAUCAGCUGAUUGUAAGGCCUCUGCCUUCAAAGGACAGCACAGUGGGUUUCAAAACCAUGAUCCCAGUGUCUGAGUGAUCAGGUCCCACGUCCCAGACCACAUGAUCACUGUGACCAUUGAGAAAGAGAGACUGCAAGAUGAAAAUGAGUGAGAGGCGGAUUUACUGGCCGCCUGGCUUGCUUAAUUUAUGUGAAUAGUGAUAGUCCAUUAUUUAAAGCAACUGUAUUUGGUUAUUGGCAUGAAAAUAGAACCAGCAGUUUAUGUAAACGGAUAAUCAGCCUUGUUUUCAUAUAGUCUUAUAUUUUUCAUUCGUGCAAUUGUAAGAAGUGUAAGAGUUCUGAAAUUUGGACUGGAAUAGUAUUAUUGCAUAUUCUGAAUAUUUGUUAAUAUUCAAAAUGUUUCAAUCAAAUAGAAGCAGAAACAACUUGGAUAUAAAUUAUAUUUUGAACAUACAAGUCACAACAAAAUCUUUCUUCAACAGGAACAAUUUCAUGAUAUGAUUAAUUAUACUAGCUGAUUUCCUUCUUCAAGUCAAAUCAUUUGUAUUUUUGGAGUAUGAAUGAUAAGAAUAAUCGAAGAAAGUAUAAUUUAAUUUUGUAACUGUUGAGUUUGUGAAUAUUUUUUGUAACUCUUGUUAAGGUUUCUGUAAUUUCGUAUUUGAGAAAAUCCAAACCCAAGUCCGAACCCAAGUGUUCUGUUUCAUAGGGUACACGGCAGGGCAUGGUACCCAUUUUAAUGGACAAACUGUUAAAACCUCACAGCAAUAGCCAACAGAUCAGAGUCAUGGGGUCUCUCUUUGGCCUUUCGCUGUGCCUGCCGCACGUGGUAUCAGAACACAGUAGGUUAAUGGCAAAUUUAUAGAUAAUUUCUUUGUUGUUUGUGAAAGACUGAACUUCCAAUUAAGUUCCAUUAUUCUUUAUUUAUUGGCCAUAGCAGUUUAAAUUUAAUAUUAAAAUAUAUUUUAUUACCAUAAUGUUAUAAAAAUAAGUGUACAUAUUGCAAAUUUUAUUGUGCUUACAGCAAGUGGGAGAAUAUGGCUGACUAGCCUGUGAAUGCUGUUUGUCCCUGAUUUUUAGAAAUGUGUUUGGUUUUUGUCGUGACCCAACAUGUCAUUGGAACAUUCUCAGUAUAAUUGUGGAAGCCUGAGGUUUAUAUAGAGACACAUUCAUUUGCUUACACCAGUGGUCCCCAACGUGGUGCCCGCGUUGUUGUGGAAAGAGAUUAUACUGAAUAAUAGAGACACCAUAAAUUCAAAGCGCAGA